AUGGACCCUGGAAGUUCAUCUAUUUCCAAGGGAUCUGACCUGAUUCAUGACUACAGUUGUUCCAAAUGUGAGGAAAGUGACUUGAACACUGAAGCCCAGCUUUUCUGCCCAGAGUGUGAACACUAUCUGUGUGACAAGUGUGUGAGGAUACAUGGGGAGUACUUCAAGAAACAUGUUGUGUAUGGGCGUGGAGACAUUCAGAAGUGGGAGAGGUUCUCCAUGGACAGGUGUGACCAACAUGGUUACAAGCUGGAGGUCCACUGUGAUGACCACCAGGAACUGUGCUGCCAUACCUGUGUGGCCCUCAACCACAGGCUUUGUAGCAGUAUAAGUCACUUGCCUGAACUGGCCAGAGGCUUCCUUGAAAAAGCAGAGUUCAAGCAGCUGCCAGAAGCAGUGGACAAGAUGAGGAGCAGGCUCGAUGAGCUCAAGAAUGCUGCCAAGAUGAAAGACCAAGCGUCUCUUAAGGACUCAUACAAGAACAUCCUGGCUGAAAUCAAGGCUCUCCGUAAAGAGUUUGACCAGAUCUUAGACAAGCUUGAGCAGAAAACAGUUGAACAGUUAGAUAGCAUGAUGACGGAUUCAGAGAAUGGUUUGAAAAAUGACAUUGAAACGUGUUCUCAUAUGAGUGACUUACUGAAGACGAUGAUGGACAAGUUAAAGCAGAUAACUGGAAAAAACCAAGAGACGAAUUGUUACGUCGGUCACAGAAAAUGUCAGACAAAACUGAUUGAAGCCAAGAAUCUAGUGCAUGAAAUACAAGGAAAGCCAGAAGAAGCCUUAUGUUUUACGUCUGACAGCAGCAUAAUGCCAUUUUUCAGGAACCUGCACAUGUUUGGAACUACUGAAAGAGUGAGUUCCAUGGCGAAGAGGUUUGAUAUUGAUUAUGUGUUCAAAGGUCAACGGUCAAAGAAGUGUAUUGUUAGAAUAACGUACGAUUGGUAUACCUGCAAGAUCGUAGGUAUAUGUGAGCUGCCCAGUGGAGACCUUUGUAUUGCUGACAGGAACAAUAAGAGAGUGAAGCUUCUGAACAGGCAGUUAAAUGUCACUGAUCACUUUGAUCUUCCUGCCCCUCCACUUCACAUGUGCAACACAACCGGCAGUGAAGUUGCUGUAGUUAUCGAUGAUGGUUAUAAAACACAUGAGAUCUGCAUCCUCAAAGUUACCAAAGGACAGUUACAAGUAUCGAGAAAGUUCAGCACAAGCCACGACUGUACCUCCGUUGCCUACCACCAGGGUCAGCUGUACAUCUGCUCCAGCUGUGCCCUGUACCAGUACAGCAUGGAUGGACGAAUGGUAAAGGUAAUACAAGGAUGCAUGGGAAUAUGGAGUUGUGCUGUAAGUCCUGAUGGGGAGAGAAUCUAUAUAACACUAUUGUUGGCUAAUACAUUAAUUACCCUUGAUAAAAAUGGUGAAGUGUUAUCAAAACUAAGAGAUCCUGAACUAUUAACUCCCAGUGGACUUUGUGUCAGCAGCCCUAGUGGCCACGUGUUUGUGUGUGGGUCUCACACUGUGGUACAGGUGGACCGAGAGGGAAAACAGAAGCUUGCCACAGUGGCCAGAAAGGCUGAUGGCGUGGCAUGCCCGCAGUCAGUGUGGUUCAGUGAACAUACCUCAAGUCUCAUCGUUGGAAAUGAUUGUAAUGAUAGCAUUUUUGUUAUCAAGGUGUGUUGAAAUGUGAAUCCGAUUCUAAAACUUAAUAACAUGUUGAACUGUUAUUUAUAAAUAGUAUACAUAAUUAUACAGUACGUACCAAUUUUAGACCAUAUUCUACAUGUAUGAACCUUAUCAUGAUGCAAGUGAAAUACAGUACCGUAAAUAGAUUCAUAGAUCGAUAAAUUGAACGAAUAUUUAAAUGAAAGCGAUAUGUAUGCAUGUAUGAUAUAUCAUAGAA